AAAAACUUCCUUUUUUUCUCUACUCCCUCAAAAACUCUCCCCUCUCGGCUGUCAGAAGCUUGUGGCCACCGUACGGCGGUGGUGCCUACCCACCUCCAGCUACCCUUCACGGUGGUCUGAUAACCCAAAUCGACCCCGAAAAAGACUCACUGCCUUUGCCUCACUCUCCUAAAACCCGAUUCGGUCAAAACACGAAACAAAACCUUAAAACCCAUCUAAAUCCAAAAUGACUCUUCGGCUUCACUCUCUCUGACGACUCCUAUUUUUCCUGCGAUGAAGCCCCACUCAACACGGAAGAAGUUGAAGAUGCCCUAUGCACAGAAACUGUCAAUCCUCGGUGGCGGUGACUUUGCAUGAGCGACAUGGGUCCCUAAGAAUUUAUCCGAAUGCCUCAGAGGCCAAUGGGACCAUGUUGGGCAUCUCUAUGCCAGCGGACCACUGUUCGAAGCCUCCGUGCGUGAAGGCUGAAAGGGACCGAGGACCACUGUCUCUUUCGCACGUGGCGGUGAGGUGCGGAGUCUUCUUCACGUUGCCAACUGGAGACCACCUCUUAGAAGGUUAUGAGAGGGCGACGGCUGAGAGGGAAAAUCAAACUAAGUUUUUUGUAACCCUUUGGUCUGGGUCAUUGGGCCAGGUGGCAGGAUUAAAGGGCUUGUUGGGCCUCAACGGGUUUGGGGAAUUUGUAAUGGGAAUCUCAGCUAUGAUGCAACGCAUGCAUGCAGCAGCUACGGACCAGACCUUGGUCGCCGAGACUCCAUGGCGACCUACCGACCACGCCGCCGUGACCUACACCGUUCGACGUGCAUGGCCAUGCACAGUUCCCACGUCCCAUGCACAGCAUGCAUCUGCAUGGCCAUGCACAGCAUGCAUCCCCUCCCCCAUGCAUUCCCACAGCCCAUGA